UUUGCUCACACCUCCAACAGAAGAAAGAUAAAUCUUCAAGCUCUACACAAUGAAAGGUGCUCCUUCUCUCUCGGUAUCUUUUCUCCUCUUGGCUUUGGCCUCCUCGCUCGCCUCGGCCUUUGAUCCUAGCCCUCUUCAGGACUUCUGCGUCGCCAUCGAUGAACUCAAGGAUGGUGUGUUUGUGAAUGGAAAGUUUUGCAAGGACCCAAAGCUCGUAAAUGCAAAUGAUUUCUUCUUAUCUGGUCUCAACAAGCCAGGAAACACCUCAAAUGCUGUUGGUUCUAAUGUCACUGCUGUUAGUGUCAAUGAACUACCAGGACUUAACACCCUCGGCAUAGCCUUGGUUCGCAUUGACUAUGCACCGCACGGUGGCCUAAACCCACCUCACACUCACCCUCGUGGCAUUGAAAUCCUUGUAGUCAUUGAAGGAACACUUUAUGUUGGAUUUGUAAUCUCCAAUGCGGAUGGUAAUCGCCUUUUCGCCAUAGUCCUAAACCUAGGAGAUGUUUUUGUGUUUCCGAUCAGUAUGAUUCACUUUCAACUCAAUAUUGGGAAGACAAAUGCAGUGGCUUUUGCAGGAUUGAGCAGCCAAAAUUUUGGUGUCAUUACAAUUGCAAAUGCAGUAUUUGGUUCCAAACCACCAAUUAAUCUUGAAGUUCUAACCAAAGCGUUUCAACUAGACAAGAACAUUGUGGAGUAUCUUCAGAAACUGUUCUAGACCAGCAACUAUGAAUAUGAUAUGGUUGUUUACAAAUAAUGAGGCUGCUUGUUUGCCUUUGUCAAUGUUUGGUUCAAUAGAACCAAUUUCCGUUAUGUAAUGUUUUAAACAUUUGAUAUAUAUGUACUUGAAAUAAUUAAUUAAGGGUUUGCUAUGGUUAAGCUUUCUUUA